UUUGUAAUUCUUGAUCAUCGAUCUUCAAGAAGACUGCCUUCUGCUACGUCGUCUUUUUUAUGCUUUAUGAUUGUGCAUGCUAGUACUGACUAUAGACUUUAGACCUUGACCAUGCCUAGGCCUAGGUGGACAGAAGGUGAUAGGCCUCUGAAUUCAUUGUGUUGUUAGUUUACUGAUUGAAAAAAUGCAUUUACGACUUUGAUGGCCUCACAAUAAUUUUAGUAUUUCAAAAUCUGGACGGAGUAAUUUGCAAGAUGUUUUCUAGGGUUACAAGGGCUCGUACAUUGCCAGCAGUUAUUUGUUUAUUUAUUAUUGCAUAUGUUGUUGUGAAUAUAUUUAGUAAUAAUUGGACGUAUUUAUCAACUGGUAGCGUGUUAAAGAAGAAUACUCAAGAUCAGGAUAUUCAACUCAAUGAAAUUUCAUUACUGUUAGCGAAAAUUAAUGACAGACUCAACAUCCAAGAUCUGUUUGAUAACAAAUCUCAUAAUUCAAAAGAUAGUCAUCAAGUACAACCAAAUAACAAAUCGGCUGUUAAGACUGUAAAGAAAUUACAAGUUUUUGCAUCCAAAACAAUUAAGGAAAUCAAUAAUAUACCACCGGACUUAAACACUCUACUUGAAGAGCCAAAAAUAAAGCCACCACCAGUUCCAAGAGUGAAUGCCUCUUUCCUGCCAUUUAUAAGAGAUAAACACUAUAAACCUUCGACGUGUCCAAAGACUGUAUCACAAAUAACCAAAUAUUCAAGUUGGUUCCGAGAUCGCUACAUUCCAGAUAUCAAACUGUUUAUGGAUGAAGAAGAUGUCAACAACUUCACAAAUUUUUAUAAACUGUCGCAUUACAGUGCUCCUUUCGGUUUACGGUCACACAAACGAGAGGUUAUUGGCAGAAUUUUAAAUAAUCCUAACUUCACCAACCCAUUGCUGAAAUUAAGAGACAAUCCCCAGAACUGCGUACGAUGUGCUGUGGUUGGAUGUGGUGGCAUUCUUAAUGGAUCAAAUGCAGGCCCAGAGAUCGAUAGUCAUGAUGUUGUUUUCAGGCUUAAUAGGGCCAUUUCCAGAGGACACUUUGCUGAAGAUGUUGGAAGAAAAACAACUUUUUAUACAUUUUUUCCUGAGUCACAACAUAUAGCUGAUGUAGAAGAUGAGGAUGUAUCGCUACUGUUUGCGAUUUUUAAACCAUAUGAUUUGGAAUAUAUUGGAAACACAAUAAACAACAUGGCACCACCAGUUUUCAUAUCAAAAGGAAAAUCCUACAAAAUAAGAAGACCAUUAGCAAAUAAAGACCGACUAAAGUUGCUACAUCCAGAUUUUUUCCGAUACACAUUCACACAUUACCUAGAUGGCAAGUCGCAUCGACCUACGACAGGUGCCCUCAUCGUUAUCCUAGCCCUGCAAAUCUGCGAUGAAGUUGAUAUAUAUGGCUUCGGAUAUGACCAUCGGUUCACCAUGCACUAUUACGACUCGAAGUUUGUUGGUCAUACUGACAAAUCCACCGCGCUACACGACGUUGAUAAUGAACGAGAACUGUGGAAAAAACUCCAUGACGAGGGAAUUUUAAGACUUUUCAAGAGAGACAUCUAGAAAUAACAACCUGUUUCACAAGCUGAAAGACAUUCACUACUGUGCCUUGCUCUUCUGAAGCUUUUAUAUUGUGGUAAAGAAAAUUUAUUGCCUGACCUUUGAACUUGAACCGUGCAAACAGUACACAUACGGAGGAGGGGGCAGACAAAUGUGUACAUUCUUACAUUCUACUAUUUAAUGUGUUUAUAAUUGAUAUAACAAUGGCAACAUUGUUCAGUUUUAUCUUCUUCAUUUCCUUCACCUCGGUCAAAGCACAGCUACAAUAUAAGAAACUACAACUGCAUUUUCAGUUUGUUACAAAAGUUUCUAAUGAGUCAUUGGAUUAGAUGAAUAUUUCCUUGCUAGGCCAAGAUAUGAAUGCACACAGUGAACAUAAUAAAUCUCGCUUUAUGGUGCUGGUUAACAUGAAUGUCAUGAAGCGUAGACCAUCCUAGGCAAGGCCUAGAAAGGCGUAAUGGUUAUGAGAUAACGAGGUGAUUAACUUAUACAAGAACUGAAAACAAUAAAGACAAUGCUGAAAUAAUUCAUAAUAAUGUUUACAAUACAUGUUAAUGUAUUGAACAAUGUCUACUAGGUAAUAGGCAUACCUAAUGACCCCUAAUAAACUUUUUUGUAUUUCGAAGAGCUGCAAAGAGCUCUGCGAACAGUGUCAGUGAGCGUACUACCGGUAACAAAUCAUUCCAAUACGUGUAGCUAAUGCACAUGCACAGUAAUCACUGAGCAAAGGCCAUCGCAACUAACAGUUUGAAUUAUGAAUAUAUAGCAACCUCUGUACAACCAGCAGUUUGAUAGGCUAUGUAAAAGGUGAUAGACGUCAAGUAAUUUCGUACACUAUAGGAAUAGAAGCCUUAGGAGCCAUUAUUUCCUUCUGUGGCAUUUUAGGCAUUUUUUUCAGGAAAUAAUGGCUCCUUCAGCUUCUAUUUCCUAUUGUACUCAAAACCUGACUAUAAUUGCUUAUUAGUGUAUUGUUAUGUUAA